AAAAAACUAAAUUUUCAUUUUGACGUUUUCUCUUAUUUUUAUUUCAUUUUGUUUUAUUUUUUUUUAAGAAGAGGUGAAACAAAAAAAAAAAGGAAGUUUAUUUCCAAAACAUCGAAUUUUGUUUUCAUAAUAAUUUUUUGUAUGUUGCUGUUGAUUGGAAGUGGAACUCGAUUUUCUGUUGGGUCGAGUUGACUCCCCCCCAAAACUCCCAAUCUUGCAUCGACUCAAUUCUUGCCACCACCGUGUUGCUGCUGCAUUUUAUUACUCCUCGGGGAUUAUAUCCAACAAAAAAAAAAACACUAAAUUCUCGUCUAUGUAAUAAAUAUAAUUUAAAAAUGAAAAAUAUGUAAAAAUUUGUUAUGAAUUUUGUAAUUUUAUUUAUGUCAUUUUUGUCUGUUUUACUUCCUUCUCGUGAUUUAUCCAAGUUUCUCUUUUUUUACCGCUGAAAGCAUUGAACUGACCCCACUGCCACCGCAUUCGUCGGUCGUUCAAUUCGUUCCCUUGUAAAUUGUUGGUGUGUCGUUGUUGGUUGUCGUUCGUUGUGGUUGCUUUUUUGGUGCAAAAUGCAAACGUGAAAGCUGUCGUCCACACACAUCCUACCUCCGACCUCCCGCUUUUCCUCCUUCUUUCUUUGUUGUUUGUCAUUUUUGUGGUGUAAUAAAACACAAUUAAAAAAAGAGUGGAAAAUUGAGUUUAUUACUUUUUUUAUUGUUUAAAAUAAAAAAGAGAAACAAAUAAAAAUUAAAGAAAGGAAACCAACAAAAAAUAAAAACGUGUUACCUUCGAAGAAAAAUACGAAGAAGAUUAAGUUACUUACUCUGUUUUUUUGAAGAGAAGAGGACUCCAAUUACAAUAUUAUUACUAUAUUUUUGAUGAAAUGGCAGAUUUCGAUGCAAUCUACGAGGAUGAACAGCUGGAAGAGUAUUAUGAGGAUCAGACAGUUGCACCUGUUCCGGAUCCAAUUGUUAUCCGGGGGGCAGGAAAUAUGACAGUAUUUGGUCUCAGUAAUCGUUUCAAUUCGGAAUUUCCAACGGGACUGGUUUCUCGUGUGGCACCCGAAGAAUUUAAAGCUACCAUAAGCCGUAUAAAUGGCAUUUUAAAGAAAACCCUUCCUGUGAAUGUUAAAUGGCUUUUCUGUGGUUGCGUUUGUUGUUGUUGCACUUUGGGUUGCUCUCUUUGGCCUGUAAUAUGUCUAAGUAAAAGGACACAAAUAAUGUUGGAUAAAUUACUUGAAUGGGAAAAUAGUCAUUUAUAUCAUAAACUUGGUCUACACUGGCGACUGAAUAAGCAACAAUGUGAUUCCAGUUCGAUGAUGGAAUAUGUUAUUCAAAUCGAAUUUAUACCCAAAACACCAAUAUAUCGUCCUGAUUAAAAAAAGAAGUUUCUACAGUUUUUUUUUUUUUUUUUUAAAACUUAUUUUAUAAUGUAUUUUUGAUUUUGUGAAAAUAUCAAAAUGAAAAUAUGCAACAAACAAAACAACUGUAGAACUUUGAGGCUAGUUAUAUACAUAUAUUGUAAACAAAAUUAACACGGAGUUUAUUUUUUUUUUUUUGUCUUUUUUAUAUAAAGAAAAACACACAAACAAAAAAUGCAUAUAAAUACUUUAGCUUAGGAAAAAGUUAUUUGUUUAAAUUCUUUUUUUUUUUUUUUUUCUUGUUUUUGUUAUGAGUUGUAGUUAGAAUUUCCUCACUAGCCAAAAGUUCCAAUGCACGGAGGCUGUUCAAUAUGCUACACUAAUUUUCCUUAUUAUACUUGUUUAUUAUUAAAAUUUUAUUUAAAAACAGAGAAUAUACCUAUAAAUAUAUAAAUAUAAUUUAGCAUUUGUUAUGUUCCAAUAGAAAAUAUAUAUUCAGCAAACUAUAAAUCUCAGUCAAUCGUAAAAUCCUAUUUGUUGUUAACUCCAACAUUAAAGAAACACACACAUUUUUUUUACUAAUAUAAUAUAAUUCAAGCAAAAACAUAGAACAAAUUAAAAUCAACUUUAUUCUGUUAUAUCGGUGUGGACCAAAUUAUUUGAUUUUGAUAUUUGAAUCUUUUACCCACGAGGGCAUUCGAAUUUCAAGACAUAGACAUUAUAUUUGGUUCAUAUCGGUUGCACAGAAUAUUGAUGAAUUAUGUUUAUCAGAAAAAUACAAAAACAGAAAGAAAAAAAAAAAAUAAUAAAACUAACAAAAAGUGUUGCGUUUUUAGCAAUCUCGUAUUUAACAAAUUUAUUAUAAUAUAUUAACUACUACUACUAUAUAUUUUUUUGCCAUUAGUUGUUGAGUUAAAAAUUAUUACUAAAAUGUUUAAAGAAAAA